GAAAUCCUGGACUACCUCCAGCCAUGGCGAAACAUGGACGCAACCGGCAGCAUGCAGCUUCCGCAUCCAGCUUUGGUUGUGCCAGAGAUGCUGGCCAGUGGCAAUGGGGAUCAGGACAAGCAGAACUGCUUGCAGAUGAUGCUGUGGUUGCAGAACUAUUUUGGAAAACGUGGCCUUGCCUUCAAGGGGCUGGAUCACUCCUCCCAGGACAUUGUCAAUAUUGUUAACUCUGAUCUGAGCGAGGCCACGGACAACAAUGACACUGUGAAGGUGUCGCUGGCCAGCUUCGAUGUCCGGGUUCCAGUGGACGGGUUGCCGUCCUGCCUGGAUUGGCUGACAGUGGUCGAGUCCAUGCUCUUGGGCGGCGUCGACUUCGCCCGGGAACCGCUGUCGGCCAACUAUGGGAAGAGCGCUGGGCAGGUGGGCAUGUUCGAGCUGGACAUAGUGAAAGGCUAUACCAAGCUGAGUGCCUGCCUCUUCAUUGUGUUGAUCGCCAGCUCCAGUGACCUUGAGACGGACUGGGAGAAGCUGUUGGCUUUGCAGAACGUUCUGGACAAGUGCGUUCAGGUGCCGGUCCGAAUGUCAUUUAGAAUGACCCGGUCAGGCAUCAACUUGCAGAACUUGUUGUUGUCGUACCGCGGCAGCGAGCGCCAGCCGCCAAGCAUCAUAACAUUGUCCUUGAGGUUGGCGGACAAUGUCGCAGAAGGAGUGUUUCCUCGAGACUAUGAUGCCAACCAAAAGCUGGCUUCUGUGAUUGAGGACUUCCACGCAUGCCCUGGCAUGCUGUCCAAGUGGAACCUUGAUGACACCAAGCGCAAGGCAGUCAUGAACUUCAUCCAGGGCACGUCCCCAGGAUCGAGGGAGGUGAUUGCCAAGCACUUGCACGCG